AUGCAAAAUAUUAAAGAUUCCGACGAUUCUAUCAAAGACAAGGAUUAUGAACCGCGUUUUUCCGAUGAAUCCUCUGUUGACAGUAAUCACAACUUGCAAUCAACGGAGCGUACAGAGAGGGCAAGCAACAACAAUAUUGCUGCAGCUCCAGAAUAUAGGGGACGUCCAAAAAAGGAAGGAAGCUCAAGUACGAGGAACAAAACAGAGCGAUGCGGAAAAAACUUAAAAAUUGUAAUAAACAGUAUUAUUCAUCUAAAGGAAAACUAG